CCGUUGGGUGUCAGGGUCGGCCUUUGCUUAGUCCCACCUUAUUUCCACUAAAAUAGUCUGAAACAGGCUUAUCAAGAGAAGAAGCGCCUUUAUUUUUUUCGCCAUGUGGAAUAUGUCCGCUCCUGCCGCUGUCGCAAGGCUAGCGUCUGGAAACAAGGCUCUCAACUCGGCCUGCAUACCCACUGCAUUACCACACGGUUGUACAAAGGGCCAGCGGAAAGCAGCUCUGGGCCCCUCUCAGCCGCAGGAACCGUUCAGCGGGUAGCUGGGAAGCGUUAAAACCGUCCCGUAUGCUCAGGCCUCCAGGAACGAGCUGCGUAAACGUUGGGAACCUGAUCAGUCAAUGUUUGAACUUUUUAGUUCUGUUUUAAUUCUUG